AUGUCGAAGGACAAGAUGCUCAUCCCGCAAUUGACGGACGAGGAGGCGCUCGAGAGACACAAGCGGGCGGAUGAAACAAUGAAGCAGGUGUGGAGCAAUAUAAUCGACAAGUACGAGAACGUGCACACACAAGGCGAUGUAAUCGACCUACACAGCGGGAGAAUAGUGGAGGACAAUGGCCACAUUCGUGGCCUCGAACAGCAACCCACUGCGGUACCUGGUCAAGACGGAACACUAUAUAACAGUGCCACAAAGAAAAUUAUGCUCCCGGAGGGCGAUGCUGCGGGAACGGCUCACCUCCAAGACGCGGAUAAUUAUAGUCCGUGGCAGGUUGAUCCGGACGAUGAAGACGAGAUGGAAACUCAGGAAAACAUUCUACAAGGUUUGACUGAUGAUGAGGACGAUGAUAAUGGACCGUGA